AUGUCGACUCUUUCAUCUAAAACGGUUUACGGAUCUCCGUUGCCUCGUUUUCUCGUUGACUACCGAUCUAAGGAAUCCGAAACUCGCCUCUGCCGUGCUCUGCAAACUGGUUAUGCUGUUCCUUACCUAUCCUUAUCUUCGUGCUAUGAUGCUCAAUCCGAACCUUCUUAUUGCGGGGUUAGUACUUUAGCAAUCAUCCUAAAUGCCUUGCGAAUAGAUCCUCAGCGUCAGUGGAGUCCUAUGUCAACCUGGCGAUGGUACACCGUGGAACUUCUGGAUUGUUGUUAUUCACUUGAAGAAGUGAAAAAAUCUGGAAUCAAUUUGGAUGAAUUUGUGUAUUUGGCAAGUUGCAAUGGAGCAGUAGCGAGCGUUGUUCGACCAAAUUACUCGAAAGAACAUUAUGAUGAGUUUACUCAUACUUUAGAGCGAGUUUGUACUGGUGGUAAGCAGUCCAAAGAGGAGCUACUCGAUGGAGAACUUCCAGAGGAGCUUAUGGCAAUUUCUUUUUCGAGAGUAGCUCUAGGGCAGGUUGGAGAAGGCCACUUUAGUCCAAUUGCCGCAGUGGACAAAGAAUCAAACUCUGUGCUGAUAUUUGACACAGCAAGAUACAAAUACCCACCAUAUUGGGCUCCUAUUGAAGUGCUUUUCCAAUCCAUGUUACCAUUGGAUAGUGUCACUGGAAAAAGUCGAGGUUAUGUGGUAUUGAAGGCAAAACAUGAAUGGAAAUUAAAAGGCCCUGCGUAA